ACCAAUCUCGUAGGCAAAUUCACGCAGAGCGUGCGGAGAAUGGUCCAGGACGUAAAAGACGAGGGCACGUCUAGCUUCUCUGCGGCGGACGCAGGUGGACAAACGAAGGAGGAAGUGAUCGAGACGAACGAGAGGCUGAGAGUUGUAAGGAUACGUUUGGAUGGCAGCUACGACACCGCCAAGAGGGCCCUCGUCGAACUGAUGUGCAAGUACACCGACAGUAAGCAAGUGCGCAACGUGUUCCAGCGUUAUAAUCUCCUGAAAAAUAUGAUUAAGGACGUAAUUAAGCUGGAGACGCAAUAUUGGACGCUGGUGGAUAUACCGAGACAAGAGAAGCAGGAGACUGUGCCCGCCUUCGUGCUGCGUGCUUGUUCCAUCAUGGAGAAGACUCACAAAAGCGGCGAAGGCGUGAAAACUUCGGCGCGUCUCGCCGAGGAGGCUGAGACUAAGAGAGACCGCAUCGAAAGACUCGAGAAUAUGACGACGGCGCAAAUUGAAGCUGAGAAUACCCAGAUGACUAAUGAUCUGUACAGAUUGCUGAAAAAAUACACGGGUCUUAGGAAUCUCAUCAAAGUGUUGAAAGAGGAGUACAACGGUUCAAAGUUGUAUCCGAUGUUCCCGCGUUACACGAUACUGAAGGACAUGAUAAAGGAUAUAAUGCACAACCCGGACUAUAUGGAAGUCUGUCACGAGGUGGACCAAGCAUAGCGGCCAGACCCCCUCCACCGUUCGCCACGUAUGACUCUGUAAAUUCUUCAGAGUUGCCGUGUGGUCGUCGGUGAAGGGGGUGAACCACAGAACGCUUCAGCUUCGACUGAUGAUUUUACUUUUGGACAGAGCAAUUUCUGUGAUCUUAUGUUUUAUCCUUUAUAUUCGCGAAAAUUUCCAUUUCCUUAUUCAUACCUUGACAAGCCAUUCGUCAGUAAUCGUCAUCUUUGUUCAUUCGAAUCUUGGGACAAAUCUGAAACAAAUUGCGUCAAGCUUUUAUGAAUCGUACACAAUUUCUCGCAGGUAAGUUAGACCCGCUCCUCUUCGUGCGUGUUUUGUGAAGUUUCGGCAAGAAAUAGGAAAGAUGAUAAGAGGUUGAAUAUCGCACUGAAGUACGUCAUCGAAUAUCGUGGAGCAGCAAUGAGCAUCUCGACGUGCUAUAAGAGCAUGAAGAUGAAAUAGUCAUGGAGUUAAGGUAGGUCAUGAGGUCGUUCUCAUAUAUCCAUAAGAAUGCUGCUACUUACUUUAAUCAUCGCAAGAAAAAAAGAAAUCGACGGAAAGUAAGCUUUAUUCAUUGCUUAAUAAAGAUAAAAAUAU